CCGAGUGAGCGUCUCACACCCUGGCUAUGUGUAGCUCUGAGGAGACAGACCUGCUUCGGCUGGAGGAGGUCUUCUCAACCACUCUUGCUCGAACCAUCAGCCUCAUCCUGCAGCCUCUGCUCUUAGCUGACCCGGAACCCUCAGAUCCCUGUGGCAAAGAGUGCCUUCGGCUUCUGCAGCAGCUGCAUGAGAGUGCCCAGCGGUUGUGGGAGGUGACAGAGCAGAGCCUGCUUUCUCUGAGGCAGAGGCUAUACCACCCACCUUCCAUGGGUCUGGAGGCCGUCCUGUUACUGAACAAUGCUGACUAUGUCCUACAGGCCCACAUGGAGUACAUCAACUCCUAUACUGACUGCCUGGUGGUGCAAGCCUUUCAGAAGGUCUCCAAGAAAAGGAGUGAGUUCUGGAGAAGUCAGCGCAAGGCCCUGCGGCAGCUGCUGUCCUCCGGGAGCUCUGAGGGCUCCGUGGGCACCACGCUGUGCCAGGCCCUCCGCCAGCCACUCGCCCACCACGUGCAGAAAUACGUGCUCCUCCUUCUGAGCCUCAGGGACACCCUUGACGAGCACCACCCAGCCCAGCAGCUGGUGAUGCAUGCAGUUACCCUGUUUGGAAACCUGCAGUCCUUCAUGCAACAGGCCUUGGACCAAGCCAUGGCCACACAGGCCCUGUGGCACAGCCUUAGCAGCCGGCUGAGGGAUGUGCUCUGUACCCCGACUCACCGCCUCUUACAGGACAGCCAGGACAUCCCUGUGGUGGUCACCCCACUGCGGGCUGAGCGCGUGCUGCUCUUUGAUGAUACCCUUGUCCUGCUGCAGGGCCACAAUGUCCACACUUUCGACCUGAAGUUGGUGUGGGUGGACCCCAGCCAAGACAAGUGUGUGCUCCACAUCCUCACUCCUGAAGACGAGUUCUCCUUUUGCACCAGAGACCCCCAAGGCCAGGUUGUCUGGCAGUGGAAGGUGACCCAGGCUGUGUGCCAGGCCCUAUGUGGCAAGAAGGACUUCCCUGUGCUGGGAUCAGGCCGGGAGCCAUCUGUACCUCCCGAAUGUCGCUGCCUGGCCUAUACUUUCCGCCGUGAGGGCAGGCUCUACCAGGCUACCUAUGAAGGCGAGUGGAGUCGAGCCAAGCCCCACGGCAAGGGAACCCUGAAGUGGCCAGAUGGGCGGAACCACGUGGGGGAUUUCUACCAGGGCCUGGAGCAUGGCUUUGGCAUCUGCCUGGUGCCCCAGGCCUCUGAGGACAAGUUUGACUGUUACAAGUGUCACUGGCGGGAAGGCAGGAUGUGUGAGUACGGCAUCUGUGAGUAUGGCACUGACGAGGUGUACAAGGGCUAUUUUCAGGCUGGUGUGCGGCAUGGAUUUGGCGUCCUCGACAGCGCCCCGCAGGCUCCCCAGCCCUUCAGGUACACGGGCCACUGGGAGAGAGGCCAGAGGAGCGGCUACGGCAUCGAGGAGGACAGGGACAGGGGUGAGCGCUACAUUGGCAUGUGGCAGGCUGACCAGCGUCAUGGCCCCGGGAUCGUGGUCACCCAGGCAGGCGUCUGCUAUCAGGGCACAUUCCAAGGAGACAAGAUGGCUGGCCCAGGUAUCCUGCUGUGUGAGGAUGAUUCUCUGUAUGAAGGUACUUUCACCAGGGAGCUGACGCUCUUAGGAAAGGGCAAGGUCACCUUCCCCAAUGGCUUCACCUUGGAGGGUUCUUUCUGCAGUGGGACAGAUAAAGGACUGUACACACAGGGAGUGCUGGACACAACUGCCCUCCCGCCCAACCCAAGCAGUACACGCAAGAGACAGCUGGGACUGGGUGCCUUCCCUGUGGAGAGCCGCUGGCAGGGAGUCUACAGCCCCUUCCGGGACUUCCUGCGUUUAGGCUGUCCUGGGGAACUGCAGGAAGCCCUCCUGGGCUUCCACGUGCAGAGCUCCAGGGAGCUACGCAAGUCCCAGGAGUACCUGUGUUGUGAGAGGAGCCACCCCAAGGACUGUGUGGGCAGCAUGGAAGAUAUCCUGAAGGAGCUGCUGCAGCACCGAAAGCCCAAGGCCCUGCAGCAGUACCUCAGGAAGGCUCUGAGCAAUUCCCGACACCCCCUGGGGAAGUUACUCCAAACCCUGAUGCUGACCUUCCAGGCCACGUAUUCGGGCAUAGGGGCCAACAAACACCUGCAGGCGAUGGCCCAGGAGGAGGUGAAGCAACACGCCCGGGAGCUUUGGGCUGCCUACAGGGGUCUGCUGAAGGUCGCCUUGCUGCGCCAGGGCCAGACCCUGGAAGAGGAGAGCAUGGAGACAAGGGACCUGCAGGUGCACGGGUUGCUGUUGCCCCUCCUCCUACCCAGCUUCUACUCGGAGCUCUUCACGCUGUAUCUGCUUCUCCACGAGAGAGAGGACGGGCUGUACAGCCGGGGCAUCGCCAACCUCAGCCUGUUCCCCGACACCAAGCUCCUGGAGUUCCUGGAUGUGCAGAAGCAUCUGUGGCCCCUCAAGGACCUCAGGCUAACAAGCAAUCAGAGAUACUCUCUAGUCCGGGACAAGUGUUUCCUGUCGGCCACUGAGUGUCUGCAGAAGAUCAUCACCACAGUGGACCCUCGGGAGAAGCUGGAGGUGCUUGAGAAGACCUAUGGGGAAAUUGAGGCCACCGUGUCACGGGUGCUAGGCCGGGAAUACAAACUACCCAUGGAUGACCUGUUGCCACUGCUUAUCUACGUGGUGUCCCGAGCUCGAAUUCAGCAUCUGGGAGCUGAGAUCCACCUGAUCCGAGACAUGAUGGACCCCAUCCACACAGGUGGCCUCCAUGACUUCCUGCUCACAGCUUUAGAGUCCUGUUAUGAGCACAUCCAGAAGGAAGACAUGAGGCUGCACCGCCUGCCUGGCCACUGGGACGCUAGAGAACUCUGGUGACACGGCCACUGUGGACCAAGUGCAGUGCUAGGGGCCACAUGCCCGCCGUGGACUUUUGUGAAACAAGUGCUGAACACCUGCUCCUGAACACCUGCUCCUGAACACCUGCUCCUGAACACCUGCUCCUGAACACCUGCUCCUGAACACCUGCUCCCCAGUGCCUUGAUGGAGGCAGGCUGUUCUCAAAGGAGAUGGUGUUCUGCUUCCUACGGGGACACACCUAGCUGCCUCAGUGUGACCCCAGAGUUCAUGGCUCUCCUUUGGCCUCUGGUCCUCUGGUAACCCUUUCCCCAGACUUAGCAUCAUCUCGGGUGAGGAGCCCUGGUUCCACUUGGCCUCAGCCCUUACUCUGCAGUCAUCACUCUCAGGGCUACGUGAUGGUCUCCACCGCUCUUCCAGUCCAAUUCACGGCAGCCCUUCCCCGAGAUCUGGCUUCGUUCAGCUCUUUGGACUGAAAUGGUCCCAAGCUGCAGAAGGCUCUGUUUGCUCAGUUCUCUUUCCCGAAAGGGAACCUGUUUCCUCCUCCUUGGCUGGGAUUCAGGCUUAAGCUGGUCUCUCAGUAGGGCCUGUGGCAGAAACACCUCAGGUCCAUGCCAAGCUGCCCCAGUUGUCUCAGGCAGGCUUUGCAAAGGCAAGGGGCGUAAACACCAGCAGCCAUUCACCUGGCCUAGCUUGCCAGCAGACAUACCUGAAACACUUUCUGACCUCUCUGUGGGAGAGACAGCCAGCAUAUCCAGAGCUUGCUACCACCCUGACUGACAAACAUCUCUGGGUGGGGACCGUGAGUAAGUCUGGUCCCAGUCCUGAGCUCUGGGUCACUGUUCCUGGGUAAUGCCUCCCACCAAUUCAGCCUGUGUGGGAAGGACUGAAAGAUGCUGAGAAAGGUACACACUUAAUAAGGCUGUGACAGGCCUGUGGGAGCCUCAGGGAGGGGCACCUCCAGAGGCCCUCAGAAAGCGGGAAGCCCUGUAUGAAGAGAGCUGGUGAUUCUCCUGCACCGUCAAACCUCAGAAAAGCAAAGAGAGGCUUUCUCUGGCUGGGUUCACCAAAUAUUUUAUCACAAAUAUAGGACCUGAACUCGAGUUCUACCAGAAACCCGUGUCCCAAGAAGAUCCUUGGAAGGGUUAAACUGACCAAGGCUCCUCCCGCAAAGACAGCCCUAAGGGCCUGUGACACAGUUCAGCUGUGACAAAACCCUGCCACCCACCUUCCUGCCCCCAACACUAACUGAACUUGGGCCUCUGGUCUUUGUGAGUCCACAGGGUUUCCAGAAUGCCCUGGUGGGUUCCAGAAGCAGCCAGGGCUGUAGCAGACCCUUCAGACACAUGACGGGCAUGCAGGAAGGAAGCCGACUGACAGCAGAAGCGAGUGCCAGUCAGCCAUCUGCAUUUGGAGGCAGACGGGAUGGGCUCACCUACGGUCAGUGCAAGGCCGUCUUCUGUAGAUGUCGAGCCUGGAACAUCUCCUGAUUUUCGACAUGUGAGCCAUGCAAGAGGGCAGUGUGAGGAGUUCAUGGCUGUUAUCAUCAAUACCCCUACCUGCCUAGAUCUAGCAGGUAUGGCCAAGAAAUAAGAGAAUCAGCAGGCCGGAUGUCACUCCGCCCCACUUCCAGGCUUCCCAGAAGGUGGGCCUGGAGUCAGGAGGCAAGACUGAGCUGAGACACGGCUGGUCUCAUACAUCUUUGCCGGGCCUUUUCACUCCCCCUCCUGCCUCACGAUGUUUUUUCUCUCUCUCCUUCUCGGGGGGAUGGCCACAACUACAGUCUACAUAUUUAUUCAGCAUUUUUAAUAAACCCAUUUCAUCUUUA